AUGAGCACGAACGCUUCUGUGGUGUUAACUGAAUUCAUUCUUGUAGGCUUCUCCCGCCUGGCCCACGUCCAGGGCUUGCUCUUCUCUCUCUUUCUCACGGUCUACCUGCUCACCGUCACAGGCAACCUCCUCAUUGUGGUGCUGGUCUCAGCGGACCCUGCACUCCAGUCCCCCAUGUACUUCUUCCUCUGAAUCCUCUCGGCCCUGGAGAUUGGGUACAGGUCUUUCACGGUGCCCCUGCUGCUUUACCACCUCCUCACUGAUCAGCGCCACAUCCCCCGCUGGGGCUGUGCCCUCCAAAUGUUCUUUUUCCUCUUUUUUGGUGCCACCAAGUGUUGCCUCCUGGCGGCCAUGGCCUAUGACCGCUAUGCAGCCAUCUGUGAGCCCCUCCGCUACCCGCUGCUGCUGAGCCGCUGGGUGUGUCUGCAGUUCGCAGGCUCAGCUUGGGCCUGCGGAGCCAUGGUGGGGCUGGGCCACACCUCCUUCAUCUUCUCCUUGCCCUUCUGUGGCCCCAACGCCAUCCCUCACUUCUUUUGUGAGAUCCAGCCUGUCCUGCAGCUGGUGUGUGGAGACACCUCACUCAAUGAAUUGCAGAUUAUCCUGGCUGCUGCCCUCAUCAUCCUCUGCCCCUUUGGCCUCAUCUUGAGCUCCUAUGGACGUAUCCUGGCUACUAUCUUCCGGAUCCCAUCUGCAGCUGGCCGCCACAAGGCCUUCUCCACUUGUUCCUCCCACCUGAUCGUGGUCUCCCUCUUCUACGGCAUUGCCCUCUUUCUAUAUUUCCCAAAGGCCAGCUAUGAUCCAGCCACUGACCCUCUGCUGUCUCUCUUCUGUGCUGUGAUCACCCCUAUCCUCAACCCCAUCAUCUAUAGCCUCAGGAACAGUGAUGUCAAGGCUGCCCUAAAGAGAACCAUCCAGAAAAUGGGGCCUGCAGAAGAUUGA